UACAAGUAUCACCAUGGGUGCCCAAUUUAGGACGCUUGAGCGCGAGCAGCGUUUUCAAAACCCACCCAAGGAUAAGUCUGCUUAUCCACUACUCACUGAGGCGGUCGCUCCUCAUAUUGGCUCUUUCAAUGCGUUGACGGAGGGACCCGAUGGAGGCCUUUUGAACGUUGGUGUCAAGGACAUCGGCUCCAAGACAAUUUUUGACUCCAACGACCCCGAAAGGUUGGGCAACAAGUUGAGCAUUAGAGUUGACUCGGUGCAGUUGGCUAAGCCUGCUGUGCCUCAUACGGACAAACUUUCCGUCAACAGAAGAACCUAUCCUUCCGAAUGUAGAGAGAGAAUGUCGUCGUAUCGCUCCAAACUUAUCAUGAAGGUUUCGUGGAGCGUGAACGAUGGUCCAGAGAUUUCGGAAGUGCGUGACGGUGGUAACGUGCCUGUGAUGAUAAAGUCCAACAGAUGUCACUUGGAGAAGAUGUCGCCCAACCAACUUGUGGAUGCCAAAGAAGAAUCUGACGAGCUUGGUGGAUACUUCAUUGUCAACGGUAUCGAGAAAUUGAUUCGUAUGUUGAUUGUCCAAAGAAGAAACCAUCCUAUGGCGUUGAUCCGUCCUUCUUUCGGCAAUAGAGGCGCUGCCUACACCAAGUUUGGUGUUCAGAUCAGAUGUGUUCGCCCCGAUCAGACAUCGCAAACCAACGUCUUGCACUACUUGAAAGACGGCAAUGUGACUUUUAGAUUUUCGUGGAAAAAAAAUGAGUAUUUGGUUCCUGCAGUCAUGAUCUUGAAGGCUUUGGUCGAGACCAGUGACCGUGAUAUCUUUGACGGGAUAGCUGCUGCUGAUACCUCAAACUCUUUCUUGACUGAUCGUUUGGAAUUGCUUUUGCGUACUUACAAGAAGUACAAUCUCCACUCCAAGAACGAGACAUUGGCCUAUUUGGGUGAUAAGUUCCGUGUUGUCUUCGGUGCAACCCCAGAUGUGUCUGAUAUUGAUGUUGGUAAAGAGGUGUUGCAACGUAUCGUGCUCGUGCACUUGACUGACAACAUGGACAAGUUUAGAAUGAUUUUGUUCAUGAUCAGAAAGUUAUACACCCUUGUGGCGGGUGACUGUGCCCCAGACAAUCCAGAUGCAACCCAGCACCAGGAGGUUUUGUUGGGUGGAUUCUUAUACGGAAUGAUCAUCAAGGAAAAAAUUGACGAAUACUUGCAGAACAUCAAAUUGCAAAUUGCAUCUGAUAUCAACAGAGGCAGCAGAGUGAACUUCUCUGAUAGUAAAUACAUGUCUCGUGUUUUCAGCAGAGUGAACGAGAACAUUGGUCAGAAAUUGCAAUAUUUCUUGUCCACAGGUAACUUGGUGUCACAGUCUGGAUUGGACUUGCAACAAGUCUCGGGUUACACUGUGGUCGCAGAGAAGAUUAACUUUCAUCGUUUCAUUGCCCAUUUCAGAAUGGUCCACAGAGGUUCUUUCUUCGCCGAGUUGAAGACUACCACUGUGAGAAAAUUGUUGCCAGAGUCUUGGGGCUUCUUAUGUCCCGUGCAUACUCCCGAUGGUUCUCCAUGUGGUUUGUUGAAUCACUUGUCACACAAGUGUAAAAUCGCGACCGAGGCUUCUGACGUGUCUCAAGUUCCUUUAGCUUUGGCCAAGCUAGGUGUUUCCCCUGCGCAUUCUUUCGCUGCAGGCCCCGAAUUGUGUUGUGUUCAAUUGGACGGAAAGAUCGUCGGCUGGACUACUCACGAGCAAGGAAGACUUGUUGCCGACGCUUUACGCUUGUGGAAGGUUGAAGGUGGCCAUGGAUUACCUCUUGACUUGGAGAUUGGGUUUGUUCCACCUUCGUCCAAGGGUCAAUACCCUGGCUUGUACAUAUUUGGUGGUCAUUCUAGAAUGAUGAGACCAACAAAGUACCUUCCACUUGGAAAAGAAGACAUCGUUGGGCCAUUCGAGCAAGUCUACAUGGACAUUGCCGUCACCCCUCAAGAGAUUGAGAAAGGCGUACACUCUCAUGUGGAGUGGGCUCCAACGAACAUUUUGUCUAUCUUGGCUAACUUGACCCCAUUCUCCGACUUCAAUCAAUCUCCCAGAAAUAUGUACCAAUGUCAGAUGGGUAAGCAGACAAUGGGAACCCCCGGUGUUGCGCUUGCACAUAGAUCUGACAACAAGUUGUACCGUUUGCAAAGUGGCCAGACCCCUAUUGUGAAGGCUAGCUUGUAUGAUGAUUAUGGAAUGGACAACUUUCCUAACGGAACUAAUGCUGUUGUGGCUGUCAUUUCAUAUACAGGUUAUGAUAUGGAUGAUGCCAUGAUCAUCAACAAAUCUGCAGAUGAAAGGGGCUUUGGCUACGGUACCGUGUAUAAAGUUGAGAAAGUCGAUCUCGCUAUGGACAGAAGAAGAGGUGACCCAAUUACGCAGCAUUUCGGUUUCGGGCCAGAUGAAUGGCCAGAGUCCUGGAAAGAAAAAUUGGACGACGAUGGAUUGCCUCUCAUUGGUGUCAAAGUAGAAGAGGGAGAUCCAAUUGUUGCAUACUUUGACGAAACAUUGGGCAAAACGAAGGUAAAAACCUACCACUCCAGUGAACCAGCAUACAUUGAGGAGGUAAAGCUCCUAGGAGAUGACUCGGCUGAUCAGGAGGCUCAAAACCUUACAAUCAAAUACAGAGUCACAAGACAGCCUUUGAUUGGAGACAAAUUCUCUUCUAGACAUGGUCAGAAAGGUGUUUGUUCACGCAAAUGGCCAACAGUUGACAUGCCUUUCUCUGAAUCCGGUAUUCAACCAGACGUCAUCAUCAACCCUCAUGCAUUCCCAUCUCGUAUGACAAUCGGUAUGUUUGUUGAGUCCUUAGCAGGCAAGGCUGGAGCCUUGCAUGGAAUGGCUCAUGAUGCUACACCCUGGAAGUUCUCUGAAUCGGACACACCUGCCGACUAUUUUGGCGAACAGUUGAAGAUUGCUGGUUACAAUUACCAUGGAAAUGAACCUAUGUACUCAGGUGCUACUGGAGAGGAGCUCAGGGUUGACAUUUACAUUGGUGUUGUUUACUAUCAAAGAUUGAGACAUAUGGUGAACGACAAAUUCCAAGUGAGAUCGACUGGCCCAGUUACCUCAUUGACGAUGCAACCUGUCAAGGGUCGUAAAAGAAAUGGUGGUAUUCGUGUUGGUGAGAUGGAAAGAGAUGCUUUGAUUGGUCACGGAACCUCUUAUCUUCUUCAGGACAGAUUGCUCAAUUCUUCUGACUAUGCCAAAACGUCUAUUUGUCGGUCAUGUGGCUCCAUGCUAAAUACACAAAUGUCGGUUCCUCGUAUCGGAUCCAUAGCCUCUGUGAGGUGCCGUGGAUGUUCCGGGAAAUUGGAGAACUACACCAAGAAGGGUAUUUUUGUCAACGAGGCGGAUAUCUGGAUGGACGGACAUGGUGUCAAAUUCGUCGGUGGUGACAACACAACCAGCAUUGCUAUUCCUUUUGUCUUGAAAUACUUGGACUCGGAGUUGGCUGCUAUGGGAAUCAAAAUGAGAUAUAACGUCGAGCCAAACAUAUAAGGCGUGCUACUUCUGAUGUGGUUUGGUGCACCUUACGAAACUAAUUGCAUAUGCUCUCAAUUACUCAAGCGUUCGCGUAUGAGAACACGAGACUUUCAAAUAAAUCAAGGCCUCGAGCCUGAUUGAGUACAAUACAAUAGAAUAGAAACUGUUUGAUUUUUGAUCAAUCAACAUAGAGUCACCAUAGUUGUUGAUCUGCUGCAACCAGGAAUGCGUACUCGACAAAUCUUGUUAACCACGCGGUUGAAAGGGGUCUCUCUCGAAGCACGUAGGCGCUUUGAUUUAUAUGUCCGUCACUUAGAGCAUGGAACCUAGUCUAUAUUUUAAUUUCAAAUGAGCUUGGGCCUCUCAAAGAUGC